GAGAAUUACAAUCUCCUUGGUAUUACCCUGUGAAAGUUGAAACCCAAACUUCCCAAUGAGCCUAUAAAAUGCUCCUGCCCACCCGCGAUCUUCCGGCUCGUCCACACACCACGAAGGUUCACUUGAGUGCUCAGUGCUUUCUAUAUAUGAUACAUCUAUUAAGCAGAAGGGAAAGCUUUGCCGCGUGGAUUGUAAGAGUUGUUUAGCGCAAAUCUCAGAAGCCCGCAUCUGUGUGCCUGUAAGCCAAGCCAUCCAAACCCAACCCCCAAAAACAUCGUUCAAAAUGCUGGACUACCCCCAUUAUGCCGCUGACCUCACCAAGCAGCAGCUGCAAAAACUGAUCGAGGUCCUGAGCAUCGACAGCGAUCAGGAUGCCGCCGAGACCGAGUAUCUCGGGCAGAUCCGCAGCCCCCAGGUCGUGCAGCAGAUCCAGGAAGCCAUCCGCGGGCUGCCAACGGAGCUCCGCCAGCGCGCCAAGUGGGUGCGCAUGCUGCGCCACGAUGCGAAGGCCGCCGUGCUGUGUGAGGUGCACGAGGAGCUCAACGCCCUCGUCAUCGGCAACCUCUUCGCGCUACUCAAGCGGGAGGUGACCUGCAACCUGACCUUCCUGAAGUGGUACCGCGAGUUCUCGCCCGAGGAGGUCAACAACCUCGUCGACGCCCUGCUGGCGGUCGCCGGAAUGUGGUGGCUGCCGGAGUCCAAGGACGACGUGCCCCCCACGGGAGCCGUCUGCUUCCAGGAGAACCAAUGCGAGGCGUGUAUGCUGGCGAGGAUCGUGGAUGAGCCAUGGUGCUUGCGCAAUCUCCGCACAACGCUGGUCAGCCGCGUGCGAACCAAACCCGAAAUCCGGAUCCCCAAGUUGCUCCCUUUUGUGGACACGGCCAUCAGAUCAUUUGCUCCUGAGGGAGAGGCGGCAGUCAAGGCCUACGGCGGCCUUCCGUGCGAGUUGGGCUACACGAGCAGCUACCUGGCCUUCCAGGUCAAGACCGCGCGCGCGGACGCUCUUAUUGCGGAGGAGACAGGUGUUGAGGAUGUCGUCGUCGAGGAGGCUACCAAAGUACAUGUUGAUUACGCGGGAACCGCCACUUUGGUAACCCCGAGCCAUUCAAAGUGCGCUGCUGACAAUGUGGUAACAGUUCGUCCCUUGAACGUGAAAAAGCCGAGUCUGGGAGAGGAAAAUGCUGCCCUGAUUCAUAACGAAGCUGGCUUGCCAGAGGCCCGCAUGGUGAAAGCCCCUAACCCUGACAGUUCGGAUGUGGAGGAAGACAGGCUGGAGCACGAGAUUCAAGCGUUGUUGCUUCCGCACAUUGCCAAGGUGUCUCCCGUGGGUCCUAGAUACUCUUCUUCGACCAGAGGUUUGACGCAACGCCGCCGGGCGGAGCGUUCCGAGGAUCUAGAUGACUUGGAUCUGACCAGCUAUCGCAACCCUAUCAUCAAGACGGAACCAUCCUCGUCAGAUUAUAGUAGUAUCCACACCGCCACACCGCCAUGCGAUCUGCGAUUCCAUUCUUCAAUAAGUCCUGUACUAGCAGGCGAGGUUGAAAAAUUGAAGUGA